AUGGAGGAGAGAGCUGGUCAGCAAGAAGAGGAGAGACGCAGCCUUCGUCUGGAAAAGCUACAGCACUGGGCGAAGCAUAGGCAGAGUGGGCACCUCCUGGUGCUGGCGUCUCUGGAAGAGGAGAGGUUGAGAGGGGGGAAGGGAAUCCCUGACAGUUCCCCCAAAUGCCCUGCAUCUGGCCUCCAGGUGAGCCAGCUAUGGCUGGCAGUAGCUGUGGUGCCCUUUGCUGUCUCAGUUGCUUGCCUGAACUCUGCUUGUCACAUGGCCACAGCACUGCCGCUUGGGCCUGGAGCAUUGGGACUCCUCACUGGGACUGUUACCCUGGAGCUGCGCAGAGCACCCCGCUUCUGGAAGGUACGGGCCAUGAUGAUAUUCAACACCUGCAAUCUGAUCUUGGGCUUCAUAGCAGUGGUGGUCGAAGUGAUGAAGACAGCCUUGGGGUCUGCCUCAACUGCCCCCUCCCAGGUACUGGUGAAUAAAGGAGAAGGUGGGAGGAUGAGGAGGCAAGAGAAGAUGGAGAAGGAAAAGGGAAUGGGCAAACAGAUACUGGGUCCCCUGGAGCAUCCUCAGCCCUGUCUACCUACAGCUGGCCGGCUUGCUGGUGCUGGAGCUUAGUGCUGAGGCCUUCACCCUAGGAGGAGUGCUG